AUGGGGCCCUCGGGAGUUCUCCCAAUCCUGGUACCAUUCAUCCUCCUGCGGAGUGUCCAGGAGCUUGCACUGGUUGAGGGAUUCGGAAGCAAGAGAUGUCCCCGAAUCAGAGUAAAAUGCGAAGUCCAAGAAAGGGACCAAUGUUCUAUACGCAGACCUUGCCCCGGGAGCCUGAAGUGUUGCACAUACAGCUGUGGAAAGAAAUGUUUAGACCUCAGACAAGACAUAUGCAGCAUGCCCGAGGAUACUGGCCCCUGCCUGGCGUACAUUCCACGCUGGUGGUAUAAUAGGGAAACCAAGAACUGCUACAAAUUUAUCUAUGGUGGUUGCCUAGGGAACAGUAACAACUUCCAGUCUGAAUCUAUCUGCAUGAUCAGCUGCCAUAAAAAAAGUAAGUCCUAG